AUGUUAAGGAAUAUAGUUGUUGGUCCAGAAGAGAAAUGGAUAAAGCACUAUAGCAGCUCUCAUCAAAUACUUCUAGUUGGUGAAGGAGACUUCUCUUUUGGUGCUUGCUUGGCUAGAGCCUUUGGAUCUGCUACUAACAUAGUUGCCACCUCUUUGGACUCCAGAGGUGAGCUGAUGAUGAAGUAUUCAAGAGCCGCAAUGCACUUGGAAGAGCUGCAACACCUUGGGUGCACAAUUAUUCAUGGGGUGGAUGCUCGCACUAUGGGGCAGCACUCACUUCUCCAGAACGAAUUUUUUGACAGGAUUGUCUUCAACUUUCCUCAUGCCCCUCUUCUAUGGCGUGAACAAGACAAAAGCCAAAUUAAGCUCCACAAGAAGGUAGUAAAGGGCUUCCUUAGAAGUGCACGUGACAUGUUGGCAAGGAAUGGAGAAGCUCACGUGACCCAUAAAACAGCUCAUCCGUUUGGUGAUUGGGAGAUUGUGAAACUAGCAGAACAAGUUGGGUUGCAUUUGGUUCAGGAAGUAUCUUUCUACUUAUGGGAAUAUCCUGGGUAUGAAAAUAAGAGAGGAUCUGGGAGGCUAUGCGACAACUCGUUUCCUGUUGGGCAAUGCUGCACCUACAAAUUUGCAUCUUAG